UUGUUCUUUGGUUGUUUUGUUUUCUGUUUUUGUUUGGGAUUUGAGAUUUUCAUAAAAGUAUCGUAGUAAAGUUAUAAUAAAGUGCGUGAAGUGCAUUUUAGAUGAGAGAUGGUUCAUAUUAUUUAUUUUGGAUUUACCAAAAAUGAAUUUUCGCCUUUUGACAAAACAGCGGCUGAUUGUGCUAUGUAUAAUUUUAGCUGUGAUUAUUAGCGGGAUAUAUUUGAAGUUACAUUACAUUCAAGACAAUUUUAAAGGCUCUAACGAACGAUGUUUCACAGAAUUAACAUCAACUAAAUACCAGUUAAAUGUUGUUACGGAAUACAAAAACCGCAUAGAUAAACUGCUGACAGAGAUGGAGAAGAAACACAAAGCAGAAAAGGAACAAUUCAGAGAAAUAAUGGAUAGCUGUGUCGCAAUGAAACAACAAUCUCUUUUAUGUCAGAGCCAAUUUGAAGACUUACAAAGUGAAUGCAAAAAGGUUAAGGAAGACUAUGACAAACUUAUACAAGACAGGGAUAAAAGGAAGCCCUCAUAAGCUUUAGGGACUACCUACCUACUAAUUAAGAUUUAUUAUAAUUACAAAUGGUUAACCUAAGUACAUAAUCUCAAACAUGUUUUUUGGAAAAAUAUUUUUUUCAAUAUGUAAACAAAUAUUGAACAAAUGAAUACCUAGGUACCUACUAAACAUCUAUACUAAUAAAUAAAAUUGGAGUGUC